AUGAGCUCUCCCGCCUACUUUAGCACUCUCGAGCUCAGUCAACCCCCCGCCACCUCCACCAGCACCAGCAGCACCACCAGCAGCACUCGCAAGCACAAGUCCCACCACUUGUUACCUUAUUCUAUCGAUACAAACGAGGAGCUCACUUGGGCCAUGACGGGGUCGACACUCACCCCCCCUCGCUCCCGAACAGCUACUAGAGUCCCUCUCUCCACCACUCAUGAAGUCCGUCUCCUCCGAUCCCAAGUAGUCGAAAUGGAAGAAGAACUGCGUCGUUUGAAUGAAAAAUGGACCACCGAGGUCCUCGAUCCACGCACGUUGGCACUUGCCCAGCACUCGGCGAGAGAGAAGCACAAAGCCAAGCAAAGCGAGCAGACGCACCAGGCGCUGCAGCAGAUGCUGCUCCAGCAGCAGUUGGUCUUUGCGACUUUACAGUCGGCAAUGGCGCGGGCUCCUCUGCACUCGAGUGGUCAAGCUAUCUUUGAGGCCCUCCACUUUAACACUCACCUCAACCGCAAUCCCAACGAGAGGGAACAGGUGCUUCUGGCUCAUCACCAGCGGUCGAUUGCGGCGCUGCCGUCGAUCGUUGAGAAACUGACGCAGAUGGCAAUAAACAAGGUCGUUGCAAGCCAGAAGGAGGACAAGCAGAUGGAACAGGGGAUGCCGCUGUCGCAGAUUGACGUGACAGGGUGCAGGGAUUCCACUCUUAUAUCGAGCGUCUUUAUCACCAAGAUCCCACACACGUCCCUCGAGGAAGUGUAUGCGGCAGUUAUGGCCUACUUUGACGGCAUCCCGACCUCCAUGAAGCGUCAUUUUAAUGUGAACGCCGAGCGUGUCCGACUGAACAGUGAGGACUCACCCGUGGUGUACCGUCGCUCGACGUUCCAAGGAGCAGGGCUCCCUGCCAUUGUGAACAAUGUCAUCUGCUCGGAGCUGACGUCUUCACAUGGGAUGGUGCACAUUGACGCAAUCGUUGACGACCCGCUGCAUCCGGUUCACAAGAGUUUGUCGUCCCAGUAUGGAAUUGGUGCACUCACUGUCACACCUCAACAGGAUGCGGUGCCUGGACAGCCGACGUCGGUGACGUUACGGUGGGUCGUUGUUUACCACUACAACAUGCUGCCAGAUGACUUGGCCCUCAAGAAGGACCUGGAGAUUAUCCGACCUCUUCUAAACGGAGACCUACUCACAGCGACCGUGUGCGACUACAUUCAACAACACCAGCAGCAGCUGCUAGGUCCUACCAACUAG